AUGGAGCUUCACGCAUUCGGAAGUGCGGCCCAAGUCUCCGUAGCCGGUCUUAGCACGGCUAUUAGUCGCAUUAAGGCCACUAAAUCCACCAAUCCUGACAUUACGCUAAAAUCCGAUGACCAAGACUCCACACUCCCCACAACUUCCCAUCGUCCUCUCUUUAUCCUCUUUAGCCGAAAUAUGGACUACAUAACUCCCUUCAUGGUCCCUACAACAUUUGAGGGUCUUAUACACGAGGUUAUUGGCAUCAAUAAUGGUAUUAUUGAGCUUCCUAAUGUACAGAAAGAUGACGCGAUUCCGGCCAAAAUCAAUUUGAGCAGCUCCAAUAUCUCCAGCUUCAAGGAGGUGAGAAAUACGCAUAUAUCAAACGUGCACAAGUGGCUCCAAACACAGAGAUCUCAGCUAGAAGACUCUCGAACCGGUUUGGGUUUCUCAUUAGCCGCUUUGGAUCGAAAUACGCCCAGUCCUCCGGGUAGUAAUGGACCUCGUGUGUCGAGUGCUUCCGGUCUAUCGGAUAUUUCGACGCAACUGAAGCCGAUAUUAGCUGUGCGAAAGGAGCUCACUAUACUGUUUCUCUGUCUUGAGGAGGUACUGCGCAAAAUGGCCAACGAGGAGCGUGUAGAAGAUCUUCUUUCUGCUCAAACGGAGAUUCUGCAAUCUGGAAGCGGUGGAGCUUUGGCGAUGCCUUCGGCAGCACUCCCAUCUCCUACCUCUUCGUCGUUAAGUUCUGCUGGCUCAAUAUUGCCAAAUAGCCAACAACAGCAACAAGCUGAUAAUGUCGAAACUAUGAUGCCUGAAGGUGCUACAGGCGCUUGUGCUGAUGAUGCCUCAUGCCAGCCUGUCAGACUGGCAUUAGAGUGGCUAUCUACCAGAUUUGGUGAUCGAGUGACGGAGGCGGUUCGAAUGUUCUGUCUUCUCUCAGUCACUCAUGAUGGUCUAAGCGAAGAACUCUAUGGCGCUGUGGUGCGGCACAUCCAACACGCAGUGGGCUUCUCCAUUUAUCCCAUGUUGGUGGCUUUGGCACGGCUACGGCUUCUUUAUCCGCGUAGAGCUACAACAACGACAAGUAAAUCAGGGAAUCAGAAUUCGGCGGAAGUAGAGGAGGCAAAGUCGACUCCUAGACCUUCAGUUCUUAGAAGAGCACUCGUGCCUGCGGGCCUGAGUGGAGAGAAAUUUGCUAAUGCCACUGAGAGGCUGAUCAAGAGAAGAAAAUCACUUUACAACCGAUUGCAUCGCCAAUUACAAUUGAGCAUGCGUUCGCAAGUGAAUCUUGGAGUCGAGAAGCCUCCUCUCUCUCCGGCCUAUGUAUUCGGUGGCCAACACGUUCCACUAGUGGUACGUUUCACCGAAUCGCUCUGGGCUCAGGGUCUACUUGGCACCAACACCACAGCCCCACCAACCGGUCGCUCUUCCCUACUCACUGGUCCUGAACUUCUCUCAAAAGAGCAAUUAUAUCGUGCUCUUACACUCCUCCACACUGAUGAGCGAUCUGCGAUGAAUCUUGGUCGAGUGUCACUUAGGUCUAAAGAUGGUGGAGAAGAGAAGUGUGGAAUGUGUUCGCAUGGACAGAUUGUGGUAGUUGCAUUUGUGGGCGGUUGUACCUAUGCAGAAGUGGCAGCUUUACGGUUCGCAGCAUCUAGACGCUGCUGGCGUCUUCUUAUUGCAACAUCGCAGAUUCUUUCCACCAAAUCUAUCAUUCAUCAAGUUGGUCAGGCCGCUUCUCUCUAG